AGGAGAUAACCGCGCACAGGAUGUGACGUUUUCUCCGUUUUCGCGGCAAACUGAAGCGGAGCUCAACACAGUGAUGACAGAGCGCGCGCUGCUUUAACGCGGUUAACAGUUUUUUUCAGAUUUGUGCACUGGGCUGGUAAGAAGAGCGAUGGCGAACGUUACCAGUGAGAAGAUAAAGGACGAGCUGGAGACGUUUGAUAUAACGUGUGAGGAUGAUGCCGUGCUGGACAAGAUGAUGGAGCAGUGCUUAUGCCACAGAAUUAAAGGAGAGGAUAUUGUAAAUGAGUGGGUGGCUUUCAGCACAACAAAAGGCCUGUUAAAACUCACCGUGAAUAAUCUAGAGACGUUCGAACAUGAGGUUUUGAAUAAGAAACAUAAAGGCAAAAGCUCAUCAAAGGGGAGCAAGAUUAACAACACCAGAGAUGUGCAUUCCAUCCAGGACCUAAUCAAAGCGGAGGAGGAGGAAGAAAAUUUACUGGAUUCGUAUUCAACCCCCGCCAAGGGCUCCCAGAAACGUGCUCUUACCACCCCAGAACAUCCUCAGUCUAAGCGCAGUGCUGCUCGCCUCCCCAGUCCCGGUCUGCUGCUCUCUCCUGCCAGCUUCUCCCCCUGCGCGACCCCCUCUCAGAAGUACAGCAUGCGUGGAGCUCGGGGGGAGGUGGUGGCCAUGUUCGGGGCUGUGCAGGGUCCCCGCUGGUCAGGGAAAGGCCAGACCGCUGUGCAGGUGGAUCUGCUCGAGGGACGCGAGGACUCACUCACCAGCUCCUAUAAAUACAUGUUCCAGAGGCUCAGAGAUGUGCGAGAUGUUCUGACAGAAAAGAUUGAAGUCCUGGGGGAGGAGCUGAGGACUCAUUUCAAUAUAGAGGAGUUCUCUCCUGCGUCGCUACCUGCUCAGGACACGAUCUCUGUGCUGGGUCAGGUGUGCUGUGACAGUAAUGGGAAGCUGAACGCUCAGUCUGUGCUGUUAGAGGCGAGUCAGGAGCACGGGGCCAGACAGGUACCUGUCGAUCUGUCUGAGCUCAAAGACUACUCGCUGUUUCCCGGCCAGGUUGUUGUGAUGGAAGGUAUGAACACCUCUGGUUCAAGACUUGUCGCCUCCAAACUCUAUGAGGGUGUUCCCUUACCUUUCUACUCCACUUCAGAGCUAAAGCAGGAAAUGAAUGAAGGAUCUGAGCCGGUGAUGGUGAUGGUGGCCUGUGGGCCGUACACUCCCUCUGACAGCCUGGCAUACGACCCUCUGAUCGACCUGAUUAAUAUUAUUAAUAAAGACCGCCCGGACGUCUGCAUACUGCUUGGACCAUUUGUUGAUUCUAAGCAUGAGCAGAUUGAGAAAGGGCAGGUGACCGAAACGUUUGAAACCAUCUUCCACAAGUGUGUGGACAGCGUCGUGGAUGGAACCAGAGGCACGGGAUGCAAGUUGGUGUUAAUUCCAUCUCAGCGAGAUGUUCAUCAUCAUUACAUUUACCCUCAGCCUCCGUUCACUCUACCAGAUCUAAAGAAGGAUGACGUGCAGCGAGUCACGUUGGCCCCUGAGCCGUGCACACUGCUGAUUGGUGGAGUAACCUUGGGCUUGACCUCUACAGACAUCCUGUUUCACAUGGGAGCUGAGGAAAUCAGCAGUGCUACUGGCUCGGAUCGGUUCUCCAGGAUCAUGAAGCACAUGCUGACUCAGCGCAGCUUUUACCCUCUCUACCCCCCUGCUGAGGAGGUUAAUAUGGAUUAUGAACGGUUUCAGCAGUACGGCCUGCUGCCCCUAACUCCAGACGUUCUGAUCACCCCCUCUGAACUGCGCUAUUUUAUUAAGGACGUGAUUGGCUGCGUUUGUGUGAAUCCAGGGCGUCUAACGAAAGGACAGGUGGGUGGGACCUAUGGGAGGUUACUCCUCCAGCAGAACCCGGUGCAGGAGGAGGGGAAGAGAGUGAACCCAUGCUUAGCAGCUCAGGUGGUGAAAAUCUAAACCCAUCGAUCAGUAUCCAGGUUUCUGUGUGAUUUUUGUUUAAGUUCUGCUGCAAUUAAAUUACUUUUGUAUGUUUAAUUUUCUUUUUUAUAUCUGUAGUACAUUUUUACACUAAGGUGAGUUGUGACAAAAAUAAAAUGUACAGUAAUUGGA